AUGGAACUGGCGCCUGGGUUUGAAGAGUUUCAGGAUGUAUUCAAGCAUUUUCAGUUGACAAAUCCCGAGGAAGAGAAUGGAGAAAAGGAGCACGACUCAAAGGAUGUGGAUAAGAAAUCCGAUGACUCUGGAUCCGACUCUGAGAACGACAUUGAAAAGCAGGCAGCCAGUAAAAAGAAACUGAAGCGACUGAACCGGAUGAGCAUUGCGGUAUUGAAGCAGAUGGCCAAACAUCCUGAGGUCGUCGAAUGGAAUGAUGUCACAUCGUCGGAUCCCAACCUCUUGGUUCAGCUGAAAGGCUAUCGCAACACCGUCCCUGUACCGGCACAUUGGAACCAGAAGCGCAAAUACCUUCAGGGCAAGCGUGGAAUCGAGAAAAUGCCCUUUGACUUGCCAGAUUUCAUCAAGGAUACGGGCAUUAUGGAACUCAGAAACGCUGUUAAAGAAAAGGAGGACGCCUCAAAGCUCAAGACCAAGACGAGGGAGAGAGUACAGCCAAAGAUGGGUAAGAUCGACAUUGACUACCAGAAACUGCACGACGCUUUUUUCAGGUAUCAGACUCGACCCCGCCUCACCAUGCAUGGAGAAUUAUAUCAUGAAGGAAAGGAGUUCGAAACCAAGGCAAAGGAGGUCAAGCCCGGCAACCUUUCAGAAGAACUUAUCGCAGCGCUAUCAAUCCCGCCGCUUGCACCACCGCCAUGGCUCAUCAACAUGCAACGCUAUGGACCACCACCAGGAUACAAAAACCUAAAGAUUCCCGGCCUGAACGCUCCAAUUCCUGAGGGUGCACAGUGGGGGUACCACCCAGGCGGAUGGGGUAAGCCUCCUGUGGACGAAUUUAAUCGACCGCUGUAUGGAGACGUCUUUGGAUCGGCGCAGACAGAAGUUCAAUCAGAGUACAUGGAGCCAGUUGAGAAGACACUUUGGGGUGAAUUAGACUCCGAAGAAGAGGAAGAAGAGGAGGAGGAGGAAGAGGAAGAGGAAGAGGAAGGCGAGGGGGAGGGCGAAGAGGAAAAAGACGAGGAGGAUCUUCAAGAGGGCUUGGUCACACCAAGUGGCAUGCAGAGCGUUGCCAGUGGGCUCGAAACACCGGAUUUUAUCGAGCUCCGCAAGGAAACAAGGAGGACAGCGGAAGAGGACGAUGGGGCAUCAAAGUCGUUGUAUUCAGUCCUUCCACAGAAGCAAACCAGCAUUACUGGCUUCAUGGGAUCGCAGCACGUUUAUGACCUCUCUGCAGCCGCUGCUUCGUCCUCAUCAUCCACUAAGAAGAACUUUGGCGAAGUCGAGGUGGCACUGGAUCCAUCUGAGCUGGUUGAUAUGGACUCGGAGACGCUGCAGGAGAAGUACGAGCACGGACUCCAGGCUGCACGACCGGAAGCACAUCGCGAGGAGACGGGCGACCUGCUGGAGGAGCAUCUUGCCAACUCUGCCAAGAAGAGGAAACAGGUGCAGGAAAAGAAGACCAGCUCAAAGGACAAGAACAAGCACGUCUUUUAG